AUGGCUCCCCCGCGGCGAAACCUACUUCCCAAGGAGCGCUUCAGCUUCGCCUUCGGAUCGCUUAGGACACAGAGCUAUCAUGAUCCGGCUGCAAAAGGACCUGGUUCUCAUACAAUUCGUUCAAUCGCAUGGAAUCCCACCGGGCAGCUCGUUGCUACAGGUUCUGCCGAUCGCACCCUUCGAAUAUGGAAUCCGGAGCGCUCGCAACCUAGAUAUUCCACUGAACUACGCGGUCACACUGCGGGCAUCGAAAAGGUCCUCUUUAACCCGGCGCGCGACUCAGAGCUAGCAAGCUGCUCUAGCGAUGGCACAGUACGAAUAUGGGACGUACGCUCAAAAACAUGCGUGAGCCGUCUAGAUGUCGGAGGGGAGGCAUUUACAUUAAGCUGGUCUGCCGACGGCAAGGUCCUUAUCGCUGGAAGAAAGGAUGAUACUCUUGUACCGAUAUCCCUUGAAUCGCCUUCAUCCCCAAAUAUCUCUGUCGGUGACAGCACCUCCAAAUCGACCAUAUACAAGACUCUCGAUUCCCAUCCCCAGCCAAUCCAAACCAACGCAACCACAUUCUCCCACCACAUAUCAACUAGCGAGUCCCCCGAUCUCCAUCUCUUCGCGACGACUGGCGAAGGCACCGUCAAGAUAAUGUCCUACCCCUCCUUCGAAACCCUCCACACCCUCUAUGCCCACACAUCAGCCUGCCUCUCUAUCGCCCUCGCCCCAACAGGCCGCUACCUCGCCGUCGGUGGCAGCGACGCCCUCAUCUCUCUUUGGGACACAACAGAGUGGAUCUGCCGCCGCACUGUCUCAAGUAGCAAUGGCGGCGCAGUACGCGGGGUAAGCUUUAGCUUCGACGGACGCUUCAUCUGCGGCGCAUGCGAUGAAUCGGGUUGUGGCGGGAACGGAAUUGAAAUCUUCCACGCGGAGACCGGCGAGAGCGUACAUACGGUGCCAACAGGGGGAGGAUCAAAUACAGGGAUCUCCGCUGUUGCGUGGCACCCGUCAAGGUAUUGGUUGGCUUAUUCAACAACCGCGGAUUUCUCGGGCCCCGGGGGGCUGAGGAUUGUAGGGGCUGCGGGCGGUGGCAAUUUAUAG